UCUGCGUGACACUUCAUUCCCGAGAAAUCCAUGAUCGCUUGCAUCGAAGAUUCCUUUAGAGACUCAUAUACUGUAUGUGAUCCACCACCUUGCGUUCUUCCCUUUUCUCCUUCUCCUUCUCCUUCCUGCGUACGGGUGGAAUGCAACUGUUACUGUAUUCCAAAAACCACAAUGGACUCCGAUACUUUCCUUGUACUGGCUUUCUCGGUGUGAGCAAUGUUGUAGUAGAAGGAGGUACGUCCAAGGCUAGCUCGAAAGAAAUUUUACUUAAUACCUCUGUAGUGGUUGGUACCAAGUUGGAUGCAGAUCUGAAACAACUGCCUGCAAAGCAAAUCACAGUAUCGGUUCGCUGUUACGAGUUUCGGCUUGGCCGGAUUGGAGGCGUUGUCUCGAGCAAGAUGGUUGUGGACUACACCCAAGUGUUAUGGUCCAAACCAGAUGGAAAUGAAUUCUUCGACUUGGGUGAAGUAGAGUGUCCUUUUAGAAUUACGGUACCCCCGCGAUCAGGCGGCUUCAGCACGGUGUCGUUUGUCGAGUAUCGCUGUGUCUGGCGUGUGGAAGCCAGUAUUAGCCACGCCCAUAUAUCUGGUAUUGGCACCCGGCUCACUAAGCAUGUUGACCUACCACUCGUUCGCUACGACCUCCCUGCCUUUUUGCCUUCUCCGCGGAUUUAUAUGCACAUUACCGCAGCAUAUCUAGAUCGCGUUGUUACGAAGCCCAAAGGACUUGCUCUGCAAUACACAGUAUGGGCGCCGAGAGAACCUAUAGGCCCGACAGACCUUUUGCCGAUAUCCAUACAUGUUUUGCCAAAGGAGCGAAACAUAUCGAUACGUAGCGCUACCGUAGUCGUUGAGCGCCGUAUUCAGUUCAACGAAUCCCAAAGUCCUGUGUCUGCUUCCGCAUCGUCUGCUAUACCAAUUUCACCCACACUGUCGGUCUCUUCAUUCAUGACAUACUCUCCUGCUUCACAAAAUUUCCCUGUUUCCUCCAGAUCAUUUUCCACUAUGACAUCGCCUCAGUCCGGCUAUCCGUCUUCCGUCUCGCUUGCGAGCGAUGUUCGGCCCUUAUUGCCCCAACCUCAGUAUUCAAGAGAUCGUUCAGACUCGUCGGAAAGUCUUGUCGGUAAACCGAUUGUUUUACCAAUCGCAGCUAGCGAGUCAUCUGGUCCUUUUUCUCAAGCAGAAAAUGGUAUCUGGAGCAAAACUCUGACUGUACAAUGGCCUAGCGCCAAACCAAGUAGCAGAUGGGGAAUCGGAGAAACCAUUCAUUCAGACUUGGUGUCUGUUCGCUUCUUUGCUCGCGUGAAGAUCAUCGUGACAGGCCCGCAUAGUACGGAAUCGUUUGAGCUCGACGAGGAAGAGAUAUUUACAACUUCUACAAAUGACGCAGAACGCCGUUUGGCUAUAUCUAAAACACGCUCUCAAUCCUCUUCCGAGGCGCGAUCCAAAUCUAAAUCCCCACGUCGAACUCGAAGAAAACUCGAAGACAGUCCAGAACCUGUACCGAGCACCAGUACUUCGGGACUCAAACCACCGCCGCACCCACGUGUGCCACCGAGCCCGACAUCAUCCAGCAGCAAACGAAAGGAUUCAAUCCCACGUCGUCCACAUACAAGCGCCGGACCACGGGAUUCAAGCUCGUCGCACUUUUCCACUCCAAAGGUCUCUUUAGAAACUGUUCCAAUUCCUUCCAAUUCCUCACUCGACACUGCAGCGUCUAACAAAAAGCGGCCUGCUACGACUUCUAUUAUUGGCGGCAGCAGUGAUAUUCAAACCACGCAAAAUAUACACGCAUUCUCGCCAAUCAUAUCAUUAUCUUCCACUCCAAGCACAAGCAGCGGGAGUGGGAGCUCCACUCUAGAAUCCACUGAAGGUCAUAAGGACGAAUCAUCUAGCGCAGCUGUAAGGGAAUGGGAAGCAGAACUUGCCAAAAUUGAGCUGAAAAGCCGUAGAUCGAGUGAUCUGCUGGGGUUUAAAUUCAAGAGAAAGAGACCAAGUGUUCUUUCCACGGUUGCAGGUUCACGGUGUGGGUCUGUUGGGAACACGAAACACCCCAUGGUUCAGACAUAAUUAUAUUUUUUCUUCUACAUUUGUUUUUGGUUUGUGAUGUGACACCUUUGUUCCAUUCUUCUUAUCUUGUCGUUUUCAAGCAUCAACAUAUUUGUGCCCUUGCAUCCCUCCAAUAGCAUAUAAACCUUCCUACAGCAUAUGUACCAUCAGACAAUCCAUACCCUGCCAUAUAUACAGAUCACUGCUUGAACGCAUUCUUCUCAGUUCUGUCAGCACAUUUACGCUAUGCUUCCGUAUGUUUGUAUUCGUCGAAGAAGUGAGAAUACAACUGAAUACAGAUGCACACUUUGUC